UUUAUACAGAACUUUGUUGAAAUCUUGAAUUCUUGAUUGCUGUCUGUAGCUGGACCUGUCUGUUUUGCUUCUUUUUGUGUAAGCUCCAUUCUUGAAGGUUCCUAUUUGUCGGGAAAAGAAACGUAGUUUGUUCUCUCGAAGAGCGAUUCAACCACCAAGAGCUUGGAUCUUGGGGUUGUAAAUUUCACCUCUGUAUAUUCGAGUCAGUAGUCUGGAUUCUGGAGUGUUUCGUAACAGCUCAAACCACCGCUAGCAGAUAUUGGCUUCUUUGGAUUUUCUCUCAAGGUUUUUAAAACGUGUCUGUUAGGGAGAGAUUUCUACACCCUUAUAACAAAUGCUUUGUUUUCCUCCCGAACUGAUGUAGGAUCUGACAAGGAUUGAGUUUUCUUUUGGUAUCUACAGUUGUAGCAGAGAACAACCUUCAGCUAACAUGUUGAGAGACAGCCAAAUUGCUUGUCUCAUGUCCAGUUAAAUGGAGGAAAUCUCACAAGUUCGAGACUGUCUUCCAUGUAAACUGUUCUGAACACUUUCAUCGUCUGUAGAAUCAAAUGGAUAGAGGCCAGGCUAUAGCACUCUAUGCCACGAUCAGUUGUGUCGCUUUCAUCGUGUCGAAGAUCUUCAUAGCAUUGCUUCUUUACAAGCGCUGGAAAAGAAGACACAUGAUUUAUGAAGAUGGGAUGUCAGGUGGGAAGAUGGUCAUGUUCAAGUCUCCAGCAACAAAGUCCCUGGAAUCAGAUGCGUUCCUGAAGAAAACACUAAAACUAAACAACAGGGACAUCAUUGGCUCUGGAGGCCAUGGGACUGUUUACAAACUUGCACUAAGUGACUCCUUGACAUUUGCUGUGAAAAGACUGAACAGAGGAAGUGCUGAAAGAGAUCAAGGAUUCGAGAGAGAAUUGGAAGCGAUGGGAGACAUAAAGCAUCGGAAUAUCGUCACGCUUCACGGAUACUACACUGCUCCUCACUAUAAUCUCCUUAUAUAUGAGCUAAUGCCUAAUGGAAGUUUGUAUGAAUAUCUACAUGGAAGAUCAAAGGAGAAGGUUUUGGAUUGGCCAUCACGGUAUAAAAUAGCAGUAGGUGCAGCGAGAGGCAUAUCGUACCUUCAUCACGACUGCAUCCCGCACAUCAUACAUAGAGAUAUUAAGUCGAGCAACAUAUUGUUGGAUCAAAACAUGGAUGCUCAAGUGUCCGACUUUGGAUUGGCAACUCUGAUGGAACCCAACAAGACUCAUGUAUCGACUAUUGUGGCAGGCACAUUUGGGUACUUGGCUCCAGAAUACUUCGAUACGGGGCGAGCAACGACAAAAGGAGAUGUCUACAGCUUUGGUGUAGUACUACUCGAGCUCUUAACAGGGAAAAAACCGACUGAUGAAGCAUUUAUGGAAGAGGGAACUAAACUUGUGACAUGGGUGAAAACAGUUGUUCAGGAGAAAAGGGAAGAAUAUGUACUUGACAGAAGUUUGAGCUGUUUUCCGGUUGACGAGGUUAAUGUCGUAUUUAGCAUAGCAUUGAAGUGUCUUGAACCAGAACCUGCUCGGCGACCGACAAUGGCAGAGGUCGUCAAAGUGCUUGAGCAGCUAAAGUCAAGUAGCAUUGUAACAGAUUCUUGAACAAUCCAGCUGCAACAGAAGCCUUCAAAGUAGGAGAAACAGGAUUGUCCCCGAAAAAAACAUCGAAAAGAGCUGAAGUCACAUUGUUUGAUUCGAUUGUAGCUUCUAUUCCUGUCGGUGGGCCGUCAACUGAGAUGCUAACCUGCAAUUCACCAUUAAUAAAAGGAAAAGAAAAGAAAAGACAAUGUAAGACAGUUAAAAGUUUAAACAUACAAGCAUCUUUGGAGGUUCCAACCAAGUCAAGAAUAUGAAGGUUCCUUUCUUAA